ACAUGACGGCAAAGGAACUUUUCGAUGAAACGCACUCUACAUACCAUACAACCUACUUCAAAAUAAUUUAGUUUUAAUAUUUAACAUGCUUCGUCGUAUCAUACUUCCUAUAAACUAUUUUUCAGAAAGAUUUGGUUCAACACUUUCAACAGCCAGAAGUGUUUGCAAAAAGAGAGAAGUCAGAGAAACCAAAAACGUUCCUCGUUAUUUUUCUGAAUAUUUGAAUUCAAACAAACAUGACGUUGAUUUUGAGCAGGUAAAAAAUGCUGUGAAUAACGAUAAUGUUUACAUUAUUGACGUUCGGGAGCCUGAAGAAAUUAAAGAACUAGGGAAAAUACCUAACAGCAUUAAUAUUCCAUUGGAUAAAGUUUAUACAACACUAAGCGCAGUUAAUGAUGAAGUGUUUAAAAAAAUAUAUAAAAGAAGUCGACCAACUGAGGACUCUCAAAUUAUAUUUUAUUGUGCAAUAGGAAAGCGGUCAGGCAUGGCUCAGAAGAGUGCUUAUGAUUUAGGAUACAAAAAUGCCAAAAAUUAUGUUGGAAGUUACACAGACUGGACAAAGAAAAAUAAUAAAGAACAGAGUUGCAAAUAGAAACACACUUCAAAUAUGCAAUGAAUUUAAUGUAGUCAUAGAAUAAAUCAAUACAAAAUAUGUA